AGCGGGCAAACCUGUAACUGUUGACAGUUUUUGCGUCGCACUCUGCAUUUUUUAUUCGGUUCCAAAUUUGGGUUGUCGUCCAAGUCGUGUGGACUUCUGAAUGGCCGAAGGUCUUUCUCACUCGUCGUCGUGAGUGGAAUUAGCAGCAAUCAGUGGAGAUGUUUGACUAAUUUCAGAGUGUGCAAUGGCAGAACUACCGUCUGGGCUGUUGGAGGCAUGCGUGGUGGUUGGAGCCUCCACUGAUAAGCUCCGAGAUGUAUACCAGUUUCAUCAGCAAAAAAAAUGUGUGGAACUGCCCCUGCUGGACGCAGAAGUACUGCAGGUCCACAUCCCGCCUUUUGUCUCCAAGGAGACCAGUUCUAGUCAGGCCAUCGGCCCGGCGUUUAGCCGUGUACAGAGGAGGAGGAGCUUCAUCAAGAAGAAGAGGCGAGAUCGCGCCCCAGACCCUGCACAUAACGGGGACGCCGCCAAUCAUUCGGAGGGGACCUCGGCAACAGAGGACAUCAGCGUCCCGAAGGAUCUGGACCUCAUCGCUUUGCCACAACUCUGCUUUCCUGGUGGUCUCCAGUUGGCCAGCGAGCAGAGAGAAGAUGCUUAUCACUUUCUGGUUUUUACCGACCUCUUUGGAAACCGCACUCACGGCGUUGUAGCGCAGUACCACAGAUCUGUACAGUCCUGUCAGGAUGGCGCCAACCAGAAUGGACAUCGGUGGAAUCCAUCCAAGUCCCGUCUUUUUACACCCUUUGCUGUGUGCGUCAUCUCCAAGUUCCCUUACUACAACGCCUUGAGGGACUGCUUGUCGUGUCUGCUCGUCCAGUUGCGGCCUGCGAGACACGCUGACUUUGAGGAGACGAUGAAGGAGUUUUCCGCCAAGUUGUCGCUGGUUCCUAUACCUCCUUCUGGACAGCUCCACGUGUCUUUCAGCCUGCGUCCCCUGCAGGUGGUCCUUCCAUCCAGAGAGGACCAGGACAGUCCCAUUAUUGACAUCAACUUGCACCUGCCUUUCCUGUGUUUCUCUCAUGCAGCACUCCUGCAGAUCUUGUCCUGCCUCCUCCAAGAACAGCGGUUGGUCCUCUUCUCGUGUGACUGGGCCAGACUCACCCUGGUUGCAGAGUGCCUCCGGCUCUAUCUGCAGCCUCUCGCUUGGCAGCAGCCCUACGUCCCCGUGCUGGCCCGGGGAAUGCUGGACUUCCUUAUGGCGCCCACCGCCUUCCUGAUGGGCUGCCACAUUAGUCAUUUUGAGGAGGUGGCUGCAGAGACAGAGGAUCUCAUCCUGGUCAAUAUUGACGACGGCCUCAUUCAGUCAUCCUGGGCCGAAAUCAUCGACCUACCCACGAUUCCGAUGAUGGCGGCUGAGUGUUUUAUUUCUAGAGCCGAGUCGCUCCAGUUCCACUACGACUUGGAGCUGUGCCACCUCGGAUCCGGCACGGACGCCAACGUCCUGCGAUGUCAGCGGCGAGACUGGCAGCGACGGCUCAACAAGCAGAUCCAAAACAUCUGCCUGGAGCUGGUGGUCAACAUCUUCAGAGGUGUCCAGGACUUUCUAAACCACGAGCACAGAGUUUUUAACAGCGAGGAGUUUUUGAGAAGCAGGGAGCCAUCAGACCAGCUCUUUUACACAAAGGUUUUAGAAACUCACAUAUUCCACUCAUUCCUGCGAGACAGGCUCAACAGGAAACAGGAUGGCUUCAGUCGCAUGGAGCAGAACAUGCGUAGCCUCGCACACAGGAACCGAGCGGUGACGGAUUCGCCUCGGCGUCCCCCCAUGUCUGAGCUAUCCAGGAACGGCUACAGCAGCUACACCAGCCCAGACAACAGGCUGAGCAAGCGCCUGGGAGCCAGCAUGCCCAACCUGGACCAUUCGGUCCACGAAACCAUGGCCACCAUCAGCCCCGUGAGGCCGGCCUCUCUCAGGAAGAUGACCCCUGACAUCGGGCUAAAGUUUCCUCAGAAAGCAGUGAAGGUUUUCCGCCUCCCAGAGUUCCCCCCUCCUUUGGCGUAUCAUUACGUCCAGAACUAUUAUUCGGAGAUGGUGGCGAGCCUCGGCAGGGCUAUCAGUGCCACACCUCCUGAUGAAGCUGCUCUCCUGGCCAGGUAUCACUACCUGCGCGGUUUGGUCAACACGGUGUCAAACAGACGCCUGGACGCUUUGGAGGACUUCCAGAGUCUUUACAAGACCGACUCGGACAUCUUUCCUUUGCAGAUGGUCAAGUCUCUGGUGGACUCCCUUCCCGAAGUUGAACGUGUGCAGGCGGACAGACGGCCAGAAGUGAAGCGCCUCAUCAGCCGUCUCAAGCGGGACCAAGAGCGUGAGCUGGAGCGGCAUGGCAGCGGGCACGAGGAAGGCGCCAUAAAACGCUUCCAGCUGCCGAAAAAGUACAUGCAGCUGGACGAGUUUGUGAAAUGUGUGCAGGAGUCGGGGAUGGUAAAAGACCAGGGAACCAUUCAAAGGCUUUUUGACGCACUCACUGUUGGCCAUCAGAAGCAAGUUGGACCAGACUUGUUUCGAGUUUUUUACACCAUCUGGAAGGAAACAGAGGCUGAAGCACAGGAGGUGUGCUUACCUGCGUCAGUGUUGGAGCACAUCGAAGCCAGCGAAUGCAUCUUCAAGCUGUCCUCCUCGGUCAAGACAAGCCGCGGCGUGGGGAAGAUCGCCAUGACCCAGCGGCGGCUCUUCCUGCUGACCGACGGGCGGCCGGGAUACGUGGAGGUGGCGCAGUACAGAGAUUUAGAGGAGGUGAAAGUCUCCUCGGCUCCUUUCCUGCUCCUGCGAAUCCCCAGCUUGAAGCUGCGCGUCCGGGGCAGGAAGGAGGCCUUUGAGGCUAAUUUGAAGACGGAGACCGAACUGUGGAACCUGAUGGUCAAGGAGAUGUGGGCAGGAUGCAACAUGGCCGACCAGCACAAGGACCCCCAGUACAUGCAGCAAGCCCUCACCAACGCCUUGUUGAUGGACGCAGUGGUGGGCAGCCUUCAGAGCAGCAAGGCCAUUUACGCCGCCUCCAAGCUGGCUCACUUUGACCGCAUCAAGAUGGAAGUACCCAUGAUGGUUCCCAGGACGACCGCCGAGACGCUCAAGCACAAAAUCAACCCUUCCCUGGAGCUGGCCGCGCCCAGAGCCGUGGACGUUCUCCUCUACACACCAGGUCAGUUGUGGGUGUCUGUGAGCGGUGGCAAGGUGAUGGUGUUCGAUGCCUCCAGCUGGUCUCUGACGCACACUUGUCAAGUGGGGAACGCACGGCUGAACUGCAUGCUGGCAGUGGACAAAGACCAAGUGUGGAUGGGCUCCGAAGAUUCCGUCAUCUACAUCAUCAGCAUGGUGGCCAUGGUCUGCAACAGGCAGCUGACGGAGCACAGGUCGGAGGUCACCGGGCUGGCUCUCGACACCGACAAGUACAGCCAGAAGGUGGCGUACUCUUGCAGCGCAGAGGGAACCAUCAUGGUGUGGGACGUCACAACACUGCAGGUUAAGAAGAAUUUUCGUCUCUCUUGCGACCGCCUGCAGUCGGUCUACAGCUGCAGUGCGACGCUGUGGUGCUGCUCCAGGGACAGCGUCAUGGAGGUGUGGAGGAACGGUUCUCUUAAACAUCGUCUGAACCUGCCCGAGCAACACAAAGGCUCCACGGCAACGUUCAGCUCUGUGCUACUGUUACCCGAGAGGGAGGAGCUGUGGAGCGUGUGUGUAGAUUCGGGAGAUGUGUGUAUUUGGCACAUGAAGGACACAUCCACCCCCUACCACCGUGUGGCGUUACAGGACUGCAACGGAUGUCACUGCAUGAUUAAAGUGAAAAAACAGGUGUGGGUCGGCGCGGUCGGCCGCACCUCUACCAAAGGGAAGAUCUACAUCCUGGACGUGGACCGGCGCCAGGUGUUGAAGGAGCUCCACGGCCACGCCGACAAGGUGACCACGCUGUGCUCGGCGGAGGACCGCUACGUGCUCAGCGGCGCCGCCAAGCACGACGGGAAGGUGGCCAUCUGGAAGGUGGAGUAGGAGCGCAAAGCGUGGCAGCCAUUGUUGUUUACAUCUGCGGCCUCUUGCGGCACGUUCACUUGCAAUAGGAAAAAAGGAAGACUGACCCAGGAAAGUGAUGUAUCUUAGCCUUCUACCCUUAUAGUGUCAGAAUAAAUGUGUGUGUUAUGUGUGGAGGCUUUGAAUUCACCUGGAAAAAAACCCAAACAAGCUGUGAUUAUAUCAUUUAGCCACCCUCAAUGAAGAUGAUUGAAUUAAACAUUAUUAUACCCUCAAAAGUUUUGUUUACAGAUAUUUAAAAAAAAAUCCCACUUGAACCCGUGCCAAAUGCUUUCACACACGGCCUCCGCUUUCCAAGAAUGUUUUCACCUGUUUUUAUGUGUUUUAUUAAUCAAUUACACAUAUGAAGGAAACCAGAAGCCUGAAUUUUUUGCAACAAAGGCCAGAAAUUCCUUAUUCGUAUUUAUAUGUCGCUCCCUAUUUAAUCCGUGUACUGUAGAUCCACGGGCAUUUGCUCUGUAUGCAUUGUAUUUUUGUAAUUACAUGAGUAUGACACUAUUGUUGAAACUGCACACGGCUGUUGAGAUUUUUAACAGCAAAGGCACAAUGUGCACAGUAAAUGCUUUUUAAAACAUUGUUCUGUCUUUUUGGUGCAGUCUUUCUACCACAGGCCACCGGAGGGCGCUGUUCAGUGUGUUUAAGUGGCUGUAUGAAUUACAUUAUU